ACCUGCAAUAGCUAAUCAUAAGCGCCUUAGUAGCAGGCAGCACUGAGUAACCUUGGCUAAAUAUCCCUCCAUAUAGCUCAGCAGUAAGCCGCCAGUGAGUGAUGAUGAAGGACAUAGUCAACGGAUCAUCAUCUGAAUCAGAUCAUCCGAAUCCCAUGCACUGGAAGUUCCAAGGCAACAAAGAACUCAAUGCGUCCGCCAUCUCUGUCCGAGGUGUUCUCAACAUGCUUGGCAAAAACCUCAGCCCAAAUGAUCAGCGCCCAACCAUUAUGCUCGGCCGUGGUGACCCCACUGAGUUUCCCAGCUUUCAGACGACCCCCGCCGCUGUCGAAGCCGUCGUCGACGCUCUCCGCUCUUCCAACUUCAACUCUUAUUCUCCCACCGUUGGCGUCCCUCAGGCCAGGAGAGCGAUUGCAAAGUACCUGUCAAGCAACAUUUCAUACAAAUUAACAGAAGAUGAUGUUUACCUCACAUCUGGCUGCACACAAGCAAUAGAACUUAUUACGUCAGUUCUGGCACAACCAGGAGCCAACAUUCUGCUACCAAGACCAGGCUACCCACAAUAUGAAGCUCGAGCUGCUUAUGAAAAGCUCGAAGUUCGCCAUUUUGAUCUUGUUCCAGAAAGGGGUUGGGAAGUGGAUCUUGAUUCUGUUGAAGCUCUAGCUGAUGACAACACUACCGCAAUUGUUAUAAUCAACCCCAGUAAUCCCUGUGGAAGUGUCUUCAAAUACCAGCAUCUGAAAAAGAUUGCUGAAACAGCUAGGAAGCUUGGGAUUUUGGUGAUUGCUGAUGAGGUUUAUGGACACUUGAUGAUUGGGAGUAAUCCAUUUGUGGCUAUGGGAGAGUUUGCAUCAAUAGCUCCAGUUCUUACACUUGGGUCCUUAUCAAAGAGAUGGAUUGUUCCUGGUUGGAGGCUUGGUUGGAUUGUGACAAACGACCCAAAUGGCAUCCUUAGAAAAACUGGGAUCGUGGAGAGUAUUAACAACUGCCUGAACAUCACCAGUGACCCUGCAACCUUCGUUCAGGGAGCAGUUCCUCAGAUUCUUGAGAAAACAAACGAUGAAUUCUUUUUGAGUGUUAAGAACAUAAUGAGAGAAGCUGUAGAGCUUUUGUAUGGAACAUUGGAGGCAAUUCCGUGCCUCACUUGUCCACAAAAACCAGAAGGAUCCAUGGCUGUAAUGGUUAAGUUAAACUUACCAUUACUUGAAGACAUUGUCGAUGAUGUAGACUUCUGUAUGAAGCUAGCUAGAGAGGAAUCUGUAAUUUUCCUGCCAGGUGUUGCUGUUGGGCUGAAAAACUGGGUUCGAAUCACUUUCGCUGCUGAGCUUCCUUGUAUUGAAGAUGCUCUUGGGAGACUAAAGGCUUUCUGCAAGAGGCAUGCCAGGAAGCCAUAA